AUGUUGGACUUCGAUAUCAUAGAACAAUUUACCAUCAUCCGCCAGACGCUGGCACCGCUACAGCUCAGCAGAUGGCAACUGUUCAAGCUGAUGAUAGCCAGCAUCCUGCGCAGCAUGUCCACCGUCUCGCUGGUGGUGUCUGGAGUGACCGCAUUGAUCCCAAUUUUGCUUGUCUGGAAGUUCUGGAGGGGCCAGAAUGAGCUUGAGAACUUGGGAAUCCCCCUGGUUGGGGGCAGCAAACAGCAUCAAAAGGACUUCAAGCAGCUAGUGGAGGAGGGUCAUUACCGAUAUCCCCACACGCCCUACAGAAUCAAGACGCAAGGCCUGCAGUACGUCGUGUUCCCCCCGGAGUCUUUCGAUGAAAUCAAGAAGCUUCCGCCACACAUCGCCUCUGCGCAGGACUUCUUCGUCAAGACCUACUUUGGUCAAUAUACCACGGCCGGAACGGAGACUCCCGCCCUUUUGAAGGCGAUUAGCAUCGACUUGGCCCGUAGCAUCCCGUUGACCUCAGUAUCGCGGCAGGAAGAUGCCAAAGCCGCGGCAGAGGAGGUGUUGGGUUACUGUCCCGAGUGGAAGGAAGUGAAGCUCUUCCCCGCGGUGACGAGGAUGAUCGCCAUGACGAAUGCAUGCAGCCUGGUGGGCCGUCCGCUGGCGCGUCGUGCUGGAUGGGUCAAGCUCGUGAGCCGGUUUCCAUUCGAGGUCAUGGCCGGCACGUUUGUGAUCAGCGUCUUCCCUCGGAUCAUGCAGCCCGCGCUGGCCCCGCUGAUCUUCCUGCCGGCGAUCGUGACCAAGUGGCGCAUGAAGUGGGCCCUGCGCGGGGUCAUCAAGCAGGACAUGCACGAGUUCCUCGCCGCCGCGGACAAGAAGUCCGUGUUGAAGUUGAAGGAGAACGGCAAGGUCCCCUUCACGGCCUCGCUCAUGACCCGAUACACCCCCGAAGAGGCCACGCUCAGUCAACUGGUCCAGGACUACGUGACUGUCUCCUUCGAGUCCACCCCGUCGAGCACGGCCGCCCUGUAUCUGAUCCUGAUGGAGCUGGCAACCCGGCCAGAGCUGGUGGAGAUCCUCCGGCAAGAGCUCCGGGAAGUCCUGGUGGAUGGGAAACUGCCCAAGACGCAUCUGGCUGAGCUCCGCAAGAUGGAUAGUGUGAUGCGGGAAUCUGCGCGAGCCAAUCCAUUCAGCCUUCUGGGUCUAUACCGACUCCUUGGGGUUCCGACGCAGCUCUCCACCGGUCCCGUCUUACCCGCCGGCACCCUAAUAUGCGUCGACGUGCAUCACAUCCACAAUUCGGAGGAGCUCUGGUCCAAGCCCGAUGAGUUCCAGGGGCUCCGGUACUAUCAGAUUCGCCAGGAGCCCGGGAAAGAGAAUAAGUAUCAGUUCGUCAGUACGGGGGCCGAUUCGCCCGGCUGGGGCGAUGGCGCCAUGGCUUGCCCCGGCCGUCUGUUUGCGAAUAGCACAAUCAAGAUCGCGUUGGCGCAUUUGAUCAUGCACUACGACUUCAAGUUUGUGGACGGUGAAGGGAAACCCAUCAAGACCUCCCUGCCUAAUGGUUCAUGGAACCCCGGACUCAAUGUCCGGUUUAUGUUCAAGUCGCGGAAAUGGAAUGCUUAA